GUGCAGUGUGCAACAGGCCGAGGAACAGUCCCAGGCAUCGUUUGGCUCUCGACCAAGCUCCCAAAGAUCAAGCAGAACCGGGCUUCGGGAGGAUCUCGCGAAAGAGAGGCAGGACCAGGUACAUGCUACCAGAAGCCGUCAGGCACUAGUCCAGCGGCAGUCCGGGCCCUCGACGAGCAGGUAUGUUGAUUCGCAGCUGCGGGUCGCCGAGACAGACUCGAUGGCGAGAGCUGCGCGGCCAGACCAAGUGGAGUCGAAUCCAUCUGAACAGGCAUCGCGGGAUAGACACAGCCGCUUGCCGCCGCCACCGGAACGAUGGCUAGAGGCACAGUCCUUUGCGGAACCCGGGCGCCAGCUCCGGCGUUUGGCAAAGCGGAGAAAAGCCCUCGCUAAAGAGCUGCGAGCGCGGCUGCACCAUAUGGAGCAGCACUGUGGCCUCCUCUCUGAGGACUACCGGCGGCUGGCGGGACUAGACACUGAGCUCCACAAGGUCGUGGCGACACUCCAGACAGCAUUUGCAACGGAGCACGAGGCCAUGAUGCUCAGUGUGAAUUCCCGUGAUAGCUGA